AUGUUAGCAGAACGUUUGUUCAAAGACGUAGAAAAUUUGGAACUUUAUGAUGUUUUUAUGAAUAAGAUUUUGAAAGAGUCAAAGGUGUGUCGGUUUUUUAUCGAGGUGUUAAAGACGAAGUCUUACACAGAGUUAAAAUUGUUAUUUCUGUCAGCUCAAAAAGACGUAUCUAUGGUUGUUAGCAAGGCAGGACGAGUGAGAAGGGAUGGCUUGGAGUGUAUGGAAAGGAAUGUGUGGAGCAAAGAAUGGCGUAUACAGGAAGUACUGCUGAACGGGAAAAACGUGAGAAAAUUGAAAGAAUCCGUAUUCAGUAUUAGGGUUAUCAGUUGGGUUGUUUACUACGGACAUUAUCAGAUUUUUAGAUAUAUUUUAAAACAAACUCAAUUGCACAACGAAACAAAGUCUGAAUUAUUUUGGAUUUGUUUUAACACGGGGGUUUGCUAUGUAGCAAAACAGGGGGAAGAGAAAAUAGAAACAAAAACGGAUGCAGAUGAUUUAUGCUUACUGAAAUCUCUCAGUGGUUCAAGGAAUCAGAAACAGGACAAUAACCUGUCCAUUUCCGAACAAUAUCGCUUGCUUGUGUUGAGUUGUUUCAGUGGUAAUUUAGAGACUUUUAGAAUGAUUAUAAAACAUAUCAAUAGAUCUAUAGUUAACACAGAACUGCGAUAUUUAGACGAUGGUAUUUGGAUUUUUACUCCGCUAAUUGCAGCAUGUUCAUGUGGACAUGAGAGCAUAGUAAAGGAACUGCUAGAGGUAGGGGCUGAUGUUAAUUUACAAGGUAAGUUUGAUACUCCACUGAUAGCAGCAUGUGAAGGUGGACAUAUCCAAGUAGUGAAAGAGCUGUUGGAGGCGGGGGCUGAUGUCAUAUCAAAUAAAUAUAAAAGUCCACUGACAGUUGCAUGCAUAGGAGGACAUAUCAGUGUUGUGAAAGAGCUGCUUAAAGCAUGCGCCGCUGAUAUUUCAGAGAGUGAAUAUGAUGAAUCACUGAUAGCAUCAUGUGAAAGUGGACAUAUGAGUGUAGUCAAGGAACUGCUUAAAGCGGGGGCCGAUGUCAAUAUACAGGAUACAGGGUAUAGUCAUACACCACUAUCACCACUAUCAGCAUCAUGUGAAAAUGGACAUGUGAGUAUAGUAAAGGAGCUGAUAGAAGCUGGUGCUGAUGUUAAUCCUCAAGGUCAAGAUAAUAUUUAUGCACCACUAACAGCAGCAUGUAAAAGUGGCCAUUUGUGUGUUGUAAAGGAGCUGUUAGAGGCCGGUGCUAAUGUCAAUCCUCAAGGUCAAGGUAACUUUGAUACCCCAUUGAUAGUGGCAUGUGAGGGUGGUCAUAUGAAUGUCGUAAUGGAGCUGUUAGAGGCAGGAUCAGAUGUCAAUCGACAAGGUCAGUCAAAUACACCACUGACGGCUGCAUGUAAGGGUGGAAAUGUAAUUUUAGUAAAGGAUUUGUUAAAGGCAGGUGCUGAUGUCAAUAUACAAGGUCCGUUCGAUACGCCACUGAGCUCAGCAUGUAAAAAUGGGCACAUGACAGUAGUAAAGGAGCUGUUAGGAGCGGGGGCUGAAAUCAAUCCACAAAAUAAAUUUGAUACACCACUAACAGAGGCAUGUAAAGGUGGACAUACGAGUAUAGUAAAGGAACUGCUCAAGGCGGGGGCAGAUGUCAAUAUACAAGACUGUGAACAAACGCCAUUAAUAGUAGCAUGUGUGAAUGGACAUGUCAAUGUAGUUAAGGAGCUGUUAGAGGCGGGGACUGAUGUCAAUAUACAUGGUAACUAUGAUACACCACUUACAGCAGCAUUGAAGGGUGGACAUAUUAAUGUUGUAAAGAAGCUGUUAAAAGCUAAAGCUGAUGUAAAUUUAAGAUGUAAGAAUGAUUCACCACUGACAGCAGCUUGUGGUGGAGGACAUAUAAAUGCACUGAAAAUUUUGUUAGAGGCUGGUGCUGAUGUUAAUAAGGAUACUUAUAAGAUCUGGAGUGGACCUCAAUGUCAGAGUGAGAUUCAGAGUGAUCUAUUCUGUAAUAGACAAACAGGGCAUGUCAUUUUUAGAGAAGACACGACGAGAAGUGAUUAA